AUGGGUUGCGGAAUGAGUACUGAGGAUAAAGAGGGGAAGGCGCGCAAUGAGGAGAUCGAGAACCAGCUCAAGCGUGCUGGUGAAUCUGGAAAAUCCACCAUCUUGAAGCAAAUGAAGCUUAUCAACGAGGGUGGCUACUCUCGCGAUGAACGGGAAUCAUUCAAGGAAAUCAUCUACAGCAACACCGUCCAAUCGAUGCGUGUCAUCUUGGAGGCGAUGGAAUCACUCGAACUUCCUCUUGAGGACCCACGUGCCGAAUAUCAUGUCCAGACCAUUUUCAUGCAGCCUUCCCAGAUUGAGGGAGACAGCCUGCCCCCUGAAGUUGGUAAUGCCAUCCAGGCUUUGUGGCGCGAUGCUGGUGUCCAGGAGUGUUUCCGCCGCUCUCGCGAAUACCAACUCAACGACUCCGCGAAAUACUACUUUGACUCCAUUGAGCGUAUCGCUCAACCCGACUACCUCCCCAGUGACCAAGAUGUUCUUCGUUCUCGUGUCAAAACUACUGGUAUCACUGAGACCACUUUCAUUAUUGGUGACCUCACCUACCGUAUGUUUGACGUCGGUGGUCAACGUUCCGAACGUAAGAAGUGGAUUCACUGCUUUGAAAAUGUCACCACCAUCCUAUUCCUCGUCGCCAUCUCCGAAUACGAUCAGCUCCUCUUCGAAGAUGAAACCGUCAACCGUAUGCAAGAAGCUUUGACCUUGUUCGACUCGAUUUGCAACUCGCGUUGGUUCAUUAAGACAUCCAUCAUUCUAUUCUUGAACAAGAUCGACCGCUUCAAGGAGAAGCUUCCCGUCAGCCCCAUGAAGAACUAUUUCCCCGACUACGAAGGUGGUGCCGACUACGCCGCUGCUUGCGAUUAUAUCUUGAACCGCUUCGUCUCACUCAACCAAGCCGAGCAGAAACAAAUCUACACACAUUUCACUUGCGCUACUGAUACAAACCAAAUCCGAUUCGUCAUGGCAGCCGUCAAUGAUAUUAUCAUCCAAGAGAAUCUCCGUUUGUGUGGUUUGAUAUAA